UUGCAGUUGAAGAGGAUAGCUGACAUGACGAUACCUAAACCAAGAGCUGCUCAGUUUGAUAUUGUUAAACACAUGAGACAGGAUCAGAUCACAAACGGACUCGUCAACGCCAUAUCUACAGGUAACUGGUCAAUCAAGAGAUUUAAGAUGGACCGAGGUGGUGUUACCCAAGUACUGUCCAGAUUAUCCUACAUCUCAGCACUGGGGAUGAUGACUCGUAUCUCGAGUCAGUUUGAGAAAACAAGGAAAGUGAGUGGUCCUCGGUCACUCCAGCCUUCACAGUGGGGGAUGCUGUGUCCCUCAGAUACACCAGAAGGGGAGUCCUGUGGUCUUGUGAAAAACCUCGCUCUGAUGACCCACAUCACAACAGAUCAUGAAGAGAGGCCAAUCAUUCGCCUCGCAUUCAACCUUGGGGUAGAAGAUAUACAGCUGCUGAGUGGGGAGGAAAUGACCAGUCCAAGGGUCUACCUCGUCUUCCUUAAUGGUAACAUUCUUGGUGUGAUCCGUGACCACAAGAAGUUAGUGCGGACGUUCAGGCUAAUGAGGAGGGCCGGGUUUAUAGACGAGUUUGUUUCUGUGUGUACUAACCACUCUCAUCGCUGUGUGUACAUAUCUACUGACGGGGGCCGACUCUGUAGACCAUACAUCAUUGUGAAGGAAGGCCAGCCACUGGUCAAACAGAAGCAUAUAGAGGAGCUCACCCAGGGCUUCAGGAGUUUUGACGACUUCCUGAAGGAAGGUUUGGUGGAGUACCUGGAUGUUAAUGAAGAGAAUGACUGUAUGAUAUCUCUGUAUGAGGCUGACAUCACCAGGGAGACAACCCAUCUGGAGAUAGAACCAUUUACCAUAUUAGGGGUAUGUGCUGGUCUGAUCCCCUACCCCCAUCACAAUCAGUCUCCUCGUAACACUUACCAGUGUGCUAUGGGCAAGCAGGCCAUGGGUACCAUUGGGUACAACCAAAGGAACAGAAUUGACACCCUGCUCUAUCUGUUAUGUUACCCUCAGGCUCCACUUGUCAAGUCUAAGACGAUUGAGCUGAUCCAUUUUGACAAGUUACCAGCGGGACAGAAUGCCACUGUGGCUGUGAUGAGCUACAGUGGGUAUGACAUAGAGGAUGCCCUCAUCCUCAACAAGGCAUCACUAGAUAGAGGAUUUGGAAGGUGCCUCGUGUACAGAAAACAGGCAUGUACCCUGAAGCGCUACGCCAACCACAGCUUUGACAAGGUGAUGGGACCAAUGUUGGAUGCCACAACACAUCGACCAGUCUGGAGACACAGCAUCCUCGACAUGGAUGGUAUCUGUUCCCCAGGUGAGAAGGUGGAGAGUAAACAGGUAAUGGUUAACAAAUACAUGCCUACUGUGACCUUGAACCCCCUACAGACCCCCUCAGGACAGACUCAGCAACCAGAGUACAGGGAUGUCCCAAUAACGUACAAGGGAGGGGAACCGUCCUACGUAGAGAAGGUCCUCAUCACCUCAAACCCAGAGGAGGCUUUCCUUAUUAAGAUGCUGUUGCGACAGACCAGGCGACCAGAGAUCGGUGACAAAUUCAGCAGUCGACACGGACAGAAGGGUGUGUGUGGACUGAUCGUACCCCAAGAGGAUAUGCCUUUCACUGACCUGGGAAUCUGUCCAGAUAUUAUUAUGAAUCCCCAUGGGUACCCCUCGAGAAUGACAGUUGGGAAAUUAAUGGAAUUGCUGGGCAGUAAAGCAGGUGUACUGGAUGGCAAAUUUCAUUAUGGCACAGCGUUCAGUGGUGAUAAAGUGGAGGACCUGUCAGCUGACCUGAUUCGUCACGGAUUUAACUACCUUGGCAAGGACUACGUCACCUCCGGCAUCACAGGUGAACCUCUGUCAGCGUACAUCUACUUCGGCCCGAUCUACUACCAGAAGUUAAAGCACAUGGUGAUGGAUAAGAUGCAUGCCCGUGCCAAAGGGCCGCGUGCAGUCCUGACACGCCAACCAACAGAGGGCCGCUCAAGGGACGGAGGGCUGCGCUUGGGAGAGAUGGAACGGGACUGUCUCAUUGGUUAUGGAGCAAGCAUGCUACUGUUGGAGCGGCUGAUGAUAUCCAGUGACGAGUUUAAGGUUGACGUAUGUGGGGAGUGUGGUCUUCUGGGGUAUUCCGGCUGGUGUCAGUACUGCAAGUCCUCACGCCACGUAUCAACGCUCAAGAUCCCCUACGCAUGUAAACUACUGUUCCAGGAGCUGCAGUCCAUGAACAUUGCUCCCAGACUUUCACUGAAACGUUACAACCAAGUAUAGCAUACACUGUGCUGGUUACAAGUAUGAGGAUGGUAUGUUGUGUCCCUCAGUGAUUAAUGUACUUGAUCAGGAUAUCAAGUCUCUCCCUUAUAUAAAUUACAUCGACUUCACCGUACUUACAGUCACCAAGAUAGCCUGAGUUUUACUGGGUACAGGUGUAGAGGUCUACCAUACGUAUAGGGAAGGCCCGGGUACAGGUGUAGAGGAGGGUUAGACGUAUAGGGAAGGCGACCACUCCUGUGACAACGACUGUAUGUGUGUUGUUUGUGUUCCAGGAAAUGACUUUUUCACCUGAGUAUAUGGAAUCAUGUGUAAUGCCCAUUAAAUGUGUGUGAAUGGUUUGUGAGGUUUGGAUGAGCUACCAUGCGUUACUGUAAGAUAUUUACGGUGUGUGUAAGGUGAUCUGCUUGACUAGUGACAGAGGGAUGGGAAUGAGAGAUUGGAGAUAUAUCAUAUGACAAAUAAAUAUGCUGUUGACCA